AUGGCGGGUGGUGCUGCUAUCAAUGUCUUCCAGUUUAACACAGGAAGUCUGCCUAAAGAAACACUAAACUGGAGGCUAUGGUUUGCAGUGUUCACGUUUGGUAUCAUGGGUGCUGCCCGUGGAGUCGAUGAGGGCCUCAUCACAGGUGUCUUCAAUUCUCAUUCAUUCAAGCAGUCUCUCGGAAUUGAUGAUCUCAACGAGGAUGAGCUGGCCAGUGUCAAGGGUACUGUUUCCUCGAUGGUUCAACUCGGUAGUGUCGCGGGUGCCCUGCUUGCUUUUAUCGUUUGCGAUCGUAUUGGCCGUGUUUGGGCUACUCGUCAGCUUUGUAUCCUCUGGAUUCUCGGUAUCGCCAUCUUCAUAGGGAACAAUGGCAAUAUGGCUGCCGUAUAUGCCGGUCGUUUCAUUGCUGGUAUUGGUAUUGGGCAAACCUGUGUUGUUGGUCCCAUCUACCUUUCAGAAAUAUCCCCCGCUCCUAUCCGUGGUCUUUGCACGUGUAUGUUUACUGGUGCUGUGUACCUAGGUAUCAUGCUUGCCUAUUUUGCCAACUGGGGUACUGAGCUUCAUAUGGGGGAUACCUUCAACCGCUGGGCUGUUCCCACCUCGAUCCAUCUAAUGUUUGCUGGUAUCACUCUUAUACUCUCACUUUUCGUGCUGGAGUCUCCCCGUUUCUACGUCAAGCAGGGACAUCGUGAGAAGGCACUCGGGAUUCUGUGUAGCCUUCGUGGCCUACCAGCCGACCACCCAUACGUCCUUGAUGAGAUGACCGAAAUGGAUGUUGCUUUCCAGGAAGAGAUGGAGGCUACCCUCGGCAUGGGAUGGAAGGGCCUCUUCAAGGAGAUUCUUGGAAUCAAGAGGAACUCGUACCGUCUGUUCCUCACCAAUCUCGCUCAAAACAUGGCGUGCUGGUCUGGUGGCUCCGCCAUUACAGUUUACGCCCCUGAUUUGUUCACACUUGUCGGCAUCACCGGUCAGGAGCAGUCUCUUUUCUCCACUGUGGUCUUUGGAGUCGUGAAAUUUGUUGCUUCUUUAAUCUGUGCUCUAUUCCUUGUCGAUAUGGCCGGUCGGAAACGUUCUCUUAUCAUUGGCAUUGUUUUACAAACCAUUGCCAUGUUCUAUAUCGCCAUUUUCCUCAACAUCGUGCCUAUCGCCAACAACCCUGACUUUUCGCCCAACAAAUCUCAGAAUCAAGCUUCGACUGCCGCCAUUGCGUUUAUCUACAUUUCUGGUGCAGGCUGGGCUCUCGGAUGGAACAGUGGCCAGUACCUGUUGUCAUCUGAGUUGUUUCCUCUUCGCAUUCGUGGUAUCUGUUCGUCUAUCACCAUGGCCAUGCAUUUCGUCUGCCAGUACGCCGUCAACCGCGCCUUGCCUGAGAUGCUGCUUGUUGAUAAGGGCCUCGGUCCUGCGGGGACCUUUUACUUCUUUGGCGUCGUUUCCGUCCUUGGUGGUGUAUGGGUUUGGCUCUUUGUGCCUGAGGCCGCGGGUCGCAGUCUCGAGACUAUCGACAAAAUGUUUGAUCUUCCCUGGUAUAGGAUUGGUCUCUACGGAAGGAAGUUUGCCGAGGAGCAUGACCGUGCACAAGAGGAUAUCCGCCAGAACGAGAAACUUGGUCAAGGCGCAGUGACUACCCACCACGAAAAUGCCUAG